GUGGUGGGUGUUGGUUGCCGGCGCCCGGGCCCGAACAGGUGACGUCUUCGAUGAUCAGAGACGCCGUAGUCAGCCACCAUUCUCUGAGCGAUCCAACGUAGCGGCGAUGUCUUCCACGGACACGGACACAGAGCCGCUGUUCGUGCCGGAAGUUUUUCAGCGCAUUGCCGCAGAAAACGGGAUGGUUGACAACAGCCGCGAGAUGGCUGACAUCUUCGAGGGUGGCUGGGACGGUCCUGCCCAGUCCGAUAGUCCCGGUCGGCUUCAGUCCGGCGAGCUGGGCGUGCUCAGGCAGUUCAGUGACCUGUUCGACAGUCCUCCAUCGGACCAGCCGACACCGGAGCUGCAGACGGCAGAGGGCUCGUGGCCCGGGACGGCGACCCGCAUGCUGGUGCCCGCGCAGCUGUCGGCGCAGCAGCGAGCGGGCGAGCGGCCGCGGUACGUGCUGCCGCACCCGUCACCGCCGCCGGCGCCCGUCACCUCGCCCGUGCAGCCGUCCGGGGACCGGUUCGUCGAGUCGGCCGUCAACAACGCGAUCCCGGCGCUGGAGAACUGGCCUGGCCAGUACGACUUCCACGUGACGGUGCGCACGCCGCCGCCCGCCCAGCACGGCCGGCAGCAGCCGUACGUCUACGACACGGAGACCAACAAGCUGUACGUGGAUAUGAUGAUCGCCGUGCCGUUCGGCUUCAGCGUGGCGGACGGCGUCGACACGAGCCAGCUGAGCAUCUCAGCGCUGCCGGUGUACCCGGAGAUGCAUCACGUCAAUAACCCGGUGCGCCGGUGCCCCACCCAUCGCCAGCCAGACGACGAACAUAACGCGGAGGCCGGCGGACACGUGGACCACGUGAUUCGUGCCGUGCACCAGAGCGCCACGUACCGCGAGACUGGCACCACCAAGGAGCGCCGGAGCGUGGUGGUGCCGUACGAGCGUCCCCAGCCUGGCACGGACGAGUGCAGGGUGCUCUACAAGUUCUGCUGCAUGAACACCUGCGUGGGUGGCAUUAACCGCCGUCGCCUGGUGGCGCUAUUCACAUUGGAGGACCGCAGCACGGGCGAGACGCUGGGCAGGCAGACGGUGGAGGUGAAGGUGUGCAAGUGUCCGCACCGUGACUUCCGCACCGAUCAGAUGCGCCGUCGGCCCUCCAAGCCCAAGCCCCGGAAGCGACCGCUGGAGUCCGUGCCGCCGCCGCCGCGCCGACAGUGCGUCGGUCAGCUGGUGGUCCCGGUCGACGACGAGGCCAUGUACGAGUACUUGGUGUCUGUGAGGGACGCGUUGCGCACGUACCGGCUGCGGGUGACGGCACCGGCGGUCGCCGAGGAGCCAGUUGAGGAGCUGGAGGUGACGCCCGACGUCCAUCGGCGGCCCACGCUGCCUUCCAUCAAGAUGGAGGCGCCGUAGCUCGCCGCCACGUGCACUGCAGAAACGCCGCCUCCAGCGGCGGCCAGUGGUGCUGCAUGCGGUGGCUGGUGCACCGGUUGAUUAUGCUUGUGAAUCGUUGAAUACUUGUUUUCUGUUGAUCGCGCGGUAUGGCUUGUAUCAAGAAAACUGACAACAAAUUCCACGGACGGCUCUGUUGCACCGCAAGCUGUCACAGUGUAUUUAGUGUCAAAAGCGUUAGUUGACGAAUAGCAAGAUAAUGAGUUCGGAGCUCAAGAGUUGCCGGGGGGCUUUCGAGGCUGUGUAUGGGAAGCACACGUGGCUAUGCGCCAAAUGUGUCCACGAUCUCGGCCGAUUGGCACAUGAAAGUUACGGGCCAGAACGUGGUCCGCUGCAACAUAUAGUGCCAUUGGGAGCUACCCAUACAUGUUUUUUGGAUCGGGACUUUCCAUUUGGCCUUACGGGUUACCGCGCGCUUUGAAAUCCCGAAAUCCAGUCCCCGCCUCGCAUCCGAUGGGGUCUCAUCGGGCCCCAAGCCGCGUACACGCGACAGGGCUUGAUUUGUGAUGACUUUUCGGAGGGCGUGCGCAAGUAUCUGCAGAGAGUGACGUAACCACCGAUUUUGUCUCGAAGGAGUCUUUCGCUUGUGUAUGGGGGCGUCGCGAUGCUGCUGCUCGCGCGAUGCGCGAUGCUCGCGAUGCUGUAAGGUGCGGCCGGUAUAGAAAGUGAGUAGUCGCGUGGUCUGAUCCGCGAAUACAGUGCCUCGUGUACCAAG